AGGGGAGGAAGUCUGUCUGAGGCGCACAUUACGGUCGAUGAGCGGAGGUGCUACUGUUAUCUUUUCACGGCCACGGUGUCUAACGGCCAUGAGGUGACCAAGAAACGGCCGCCGGAGUUUUUUUCGCAAGAGCGGAAAAGGGCAAGAGCUGACUCACUCUUACUUUUUUUUUUUUGUAGGCGAGAAGCAGAGAGGUACCGAGUUGAGUUACCUGAAGGGGGUCCUUGAGGUGGGGCUGCUCAGGUGAGCCUCCUUCCCGGCCGGAAGACAUUUUCCCCUGGCGGACAGCUAUCAGUGAUGUCCAGAUCUUAGACAAAGACCGGAAGCUCCCUCCCAUCAUGGAUUCCAAGAAGCCGGGCAUGCUGCAGCAUCUCCGCCAAAAGAUGCUGCCACACCUCCGGCGAGGCAAGACGAGCCCAAGUAAACCGCUUGCCCACCUCGCACACACCAUGGACCAUCGGAUGAGCUCCUCUGUUCCCGACAUUAGGGACAUGAGGCAGGAGUAUGCCCACAUUUCCUCUAGCACGCAGCACGCUCAAUACCACACUCCCAGCUACAGCAACCCCUCCACACCGCGUGUCAAGCCUUUUAGAGGCCAGGAAGGAGGUGGGAGUGGCCUGAACAUGGGAGUUGUUGGUGGAAGAGCUGGGAGGAGUGAACACAGACUUAACGUGCCUGCCGACUGCACAGACUGGGCUUCCUCCCAGGAGUCACUCAGCAGUCUCUGUGAGGUGGAGAAGAGCUCUCCGGAGUCAAACUACAGACUUGCCAGGGGCAUGGAGCCUGAGGAGCUGGCCCUGCCGGAGAUGAUGACUGUCUACAGCCCGGACCUUCCUUCUGUGGAGGUCUCACAGGACAGCUCACAGUAUGGGAUGGCCAAUGAGACUCUGAGUAUGUCGGACAGCAUCAGGGCUUCUCCCAGGUCCUUCCUGCUCACCGUCAACCUGAAGGAAGGACGCAACCUGGUCAUCAGGGACCGCUGUGGUACCAGCGACCCUUACGUGAAAUUCAAAUUAGAUGGGAAAACGUUCUACAAAAGCAAAGUGGUUUCUAAAAACCUCAACCCCACAUGGAAUGAGACUUUCUCUCUACCUGUGAAGAAUCUCAAUCAGAAGCUGUACAUCAAGGUAUAUGACCGUGACCUGACAAGUGAUGACUUUAUGGGCUCUGCCAGUGUCAUCCUUAGUGAUCUGGUGAUUGACAAAGUCAACGAGCUGACUUUGCCCUUGGAUGACCCAAACAGCCUGGAGGAGGACAUGGGCAUCGUGCUGGUGGACAUGAGUCUGUCACUCAGAGGUGGAGACAGCAAAAAAGGCCAACGAUGGCCACGUAAACGAAGUAUUAGGUCAGGAGCUUCCCUUCAGAGCUUUCGUCUGUCAGAAACACUGAAGAAGAGUCAGUUGUGGACUUCUGUUGUGUCAGUGACUCUGGUUGAGGGUCAGGAGCUGCCGCUGGACACUCAGGGAGGUCAGCUCUUUGUUCGAUUCAGUGUGGGAGAGCAGAGAUACAAAAGCAAGAAUCAUUGCAAAGUGGCCAAUCCUCAGUGGAGAGAAAGAUUCACCUUUAAUCGGUUCUUGGACAGUCCAGAAAUCCUGGAGGUGGAGCUCUGGUCCAAGGAAGGACGAAGGACUGAAGAGUGCUUGGGAACGUGUGAAGUGGACCUAACCAAAGUCCCUUUGAACCAGAGGCAGCUGUUCACACACACCCUGGAACAGGGGAGAGGACGUCUAGUUUUCCUCCUCACACUGAACACGUGCAGUGGCGUCUCCAUCGCUGACCUCUGUGCUGCACCUCUUGAUGAACCUCAAGAACGACAGAACCAGCUGGACAACUAUAGCUUGAAAAGGUCCCUGAAAAACCUCCAUGAUAUUGGUUUCCUUCAAGUCAAAGUUAUCAAGGCUGCAGAUCUGCUGGCUGCUGAUUUAAACGGCAAGAGUGACCCUUUCUGUGUGUUGGAACUGAGGAAUGACAGACUUCAGACCCACACCGUCUAUAAGAGCCUCAACCCAGAGUGGAAUAAAGUCUUCACAUUCCCUGUCAAAGACAUUCAUGAUGUUCUGGUGGUGACUAUCUUUGAUGAGGAUGGAGACAAGGCGCCAGACUUCCUGGGAAAAGUUGCAAUUCCCCUGCUCUCGAUCCGCAGGGGACAACAGAUCACCUUCCCGCUGAAGAAAGAGGACUUAGGUGUACUGUCGAAGGGGAGCAUCACUCUGGAGCUGGAGGUUAUUUUUAACCCUGUCAGAGCAAGUAUAAGAACCUUCCAACCCAGAGAGAGAAGAUUCAUGGAGGAUAAUCCCAAAUUUUCCAAAAAGGCUCUGGCCAGGAACGUGCUGCGUGUUCAGACACUUUACAGGGCGAUCAUGUCCACUCUGCAGUACAUCAAAAGCUGCUUCCAGUGGGAGAGUGUUCAGAGGAGCCUGCUAGCCUUCCUGGUGUUCGUGGUGACAGUGUGGUACUGGGAGUUCUACAUGCUGCCCCUCUUCUUGGUUUUGCUCAUCUUGAGGAACUACCUCCAGAUCCGCUCUGGCCGGCUCAGCCAAGACCUGGACAAUAUGGAUUUGGGGGAUGAGGAUGAGGACGAUGAGAAGGAUUCAGAGAGGAGGGGGCUGAUGGAGAAAAUCCACAUGGUACAAGAAACCAUCAUCACGCUUCAAAACCUACUGGACGAGAUCGCUUCUUUUGGGGAGAGGAUUAAAAACACAUUCAACUGCUCUGUUCCGUUCCUGUCCGGCCUGGCUUCCCUGGUCUUUGUCAUUGCAACAAUCCUCACAUACUACAUCCCUGUACGCUACAUAGUUUUAAUAUGGGGUAUCAAUAAAUUCACCAAGAAAUUACGGAACCCGUACAGCAUCGACAACAAUGAAGUGCUUGAUUUCCUGACGAGGGUGCCUUCAGAUGUGCAGAAGGUUCAGUACAGUGAGAUGAGAGGCAACAGGAAGAAGAAAAUCUCUUAAACAGGACCUGAUGCUGCUGUUUGUGGGUUUCCGAGUUCCCAUUGGAUCUGCUUGAGGACUCACUUUUUACUGGUUUCAGGGUUUGUGGUAGGUUUGAAUCUUAAUUUGCUGUGGUGAUACACAGCUCCUCACCGCUCAUAUCGACCAGCACCUAAAAGACCUUUCAACCAAAGAAGUCCAUACCGAGGACCCUGCAGAGAUUACUUUACCACAUUUUACGAAUGUGUCUAUCCAUGCAUUUCUGGAGCAAUUUAUAAUAAUAUUUCCAAAGAUUGUAGGUGUGUUAAUGUAUGUACAGUUUAUUCUUUUAGAUCAGAAGCUGCUGUAUUUUAUAUUAUUUCCCUGGUCCCUGGUUGUGUCCUCCUAAAACCAACUGAAAAAUCAGUCUGUAUUAUACUGAAUGUAUAUGUGUGGUGUGUAACAUUUGCGUGUGUAUAUUUUUACAUAAUUUACAUUUACAGAUAUGAAGACUCUAAGUCUAAAGUAGAUUGUUCAUCUAAAUUGUUGCUGGUUUAAAAGUAACUUUCAUUAUGGGCUACUUUAAAAGGAGUCAUAAUGCAUUUUUUUUAGAAACUAGUUUUGUUUUUAAGUGCAUGGUCUUUGUGGUUUUAAAUAUUAAUAAUUAUUUCAGGCCACAGUCGCUUUUCCAACCUUUCAUACUGUAUAUCCAUACAGCAACAUAUCAAAAGUUAGUAGCAAAUAUUGUACAUCAUAUUCCUGUAUUUCUUCCAUUAUCCUUUGGAAACGGAUAAAGAGCUAUGUGCAUACAAUACUGAUGGACCCAUUUUCUUUCAACAUGACAGUAUGGAUCUAUUUUUACAUGCAAAGGUGAGUGCCUGCAUUUGGUUGUAGAUUGUCUUUCAUCCUACACAGAGGAUGCACUGUACUCUGUACACACUUAACUUUAUUUAUUAAUGUCAGGCACUGAUGAAGACUUCCUGUCUUUCACUUCUAACAGCAAUAAAUG